CCGGGGGUGGGGGGAAGGGGAACCAUGAAUCUAUAUUCUUAAUACCUCUGUCAUAUUAUGACCUUUCCAGCAUAAUCCAUGCCCCGCUCCCCUUGUUUCAAACAAAACCUCUAAACAUGAAUUUUGGUAGUGAAGUGACCUGCCAAGAUGAAGCCAAUUUCAUCAUUAAUCAAAUCCCUUAUCAUAAGGUACAAUCUCAUUAUUAUGGGGUGGAGGGGGGGGAUGUUGAUCCUGCCUUGACAGCUGAAAAGAUUUGGAUUCUUGCAUGUCCCAUGAGAAUGAUUUUGGUGAGUUUAAGUUCGGGUACGGCCUAUUUGAAGCCAGAAUAAUUUUCCUCUACCGUGUAUAUGGUCACCUCUCUGCUUGGCAGAAGGUCUCACCUUGUGCUUUCUCAUAAAUGCUAACAACCCAGCUGGGCGUCACGUCUCUCCUCAUCUAGUUCCUAAUUUAAAACUGUUGUUUCAUGGCUUGGCGUAUGGACUGCUGGAGCUACUCCAGUAGCUCUUGGAUGCUAUGACUUAAUAGAUACUACAAAAGCCAUGUUUGUCUGUCUUAGGCAGGUAGGUUUCUUAGAGCAUAAAUUUAUUUAUUUGUUUUAGAGAGAGAGAGAGAGAGAGAAAAAAAAAUAUGGGCGGAUGGGCGUUAUAGAAAGAAGUGAGUUACCACACAAGCGUUUUGAAGGCAUCUCCUGGGCCGGCUGGAAAUGUGGGACAGCUCUUAGGAGUCAGCUCUCUCCCUGUCUCUUGUGAUCCUGGGGAUCAAAGUCAGGUGGUCAAGCUUUGUGUGAAGUGUCUUUACCAGCUGAGCCAUCCCGCAGGCCUGGCGUGCCGGUUUUUAAGAAGGGCCUUUUAGGCAAAGGCUAAAAGGAAAGAUCAGUUUGAGGUAGGAUGUGGGUCUUAUUAUUUCAGUCUGGUUUUUGUGCCCCGCUAUUAGGGGGAAAAAAAAAAAGAGCCCACGCAGCUCUAUGCUCAGCGCUGUGUGUGAGUGAAAUAUGCGUGGGUCAGUAUCACUUAAACUGAGUCGCCAUGCUCCAGACCUCUUGCUUAAAAAUGGUAGAAUUGUGGUAAAAGACUUAAAAUCUAAAACAGCCUUUCUCAAGCUGCUAGAAGAAUCGGUCUCCUUUCUCAGCCCAUAAGAACCAUCCAUGGUGUUGAUUAAAGUUGCCUGUUCUCUGAGCCCUGACCACUGAGCCUUUAAGUCAGUAAAUCUGGACUCAUCUGCAUGUGUGAGUCAGUGCAGGUGGUCACAUUUAGAAACAGCACCCAAUGGAUGCCCUGCAUCUCCCAGUUGAGGGUAUCCUGGCUCAUUCUGUGAUCUGUUAAGUUGCAUAAUCAAGGUCAGGAGGCCCGGGGCAGAGCCUGAGACUGCAUUUGCAGCUGGCUCGGAGGAUGCUCUGUGGCAUUCAUCCUCAUCUAUCUCAGUCUGCCUUUCUGAGCUCACUUGCCGCCUCUUGUUGAUGAUGCUCUACACCUGAGACGGGCAUCACCGGUGGCAACUUGAAGUGCCAUCAGCUGUAACUCAAGUUCCUGAUCCCAAGACCACAGCGGAACCUUCCCGGUCCCCAGAACCAAAGACCAUGGAGCUUUCGGACAGUGACCGACCCAUCAGCUUUGGCUCCACCUCAUCCUCGGCCUCCUCCAGGGACAGCCAUGGUUCCUUUGGCAGCAGGGUGACUUUGGUUUCAAAUAGCCACUUGGGCUUAUUUCACCCGGAUAAGGAAGCUGGGGCCAUAAAGCUGGAGCUGGUUCCAGCACGGCCAUUUUCCAGCAGCGACCUGCAGCGGGACAACCCUUCCGGGCCACCGAACAUGGAUGGGGUCAGCGAGAGGCAGCCCAGGACCCCAUGGAGAGUGGACCCAAACGGGACAUCCCAACCCCAUACAGAUUCAGACACCAGCCCCAAGCUCCUCUAUGUGGAUAGAGUGGUACAGGAAAUCCUGGAGACAGAGAGGACCUACGUGCAAGAUCUAAAAAGCAUUGUGGAGGAUUACCUCGCAUGCAUCCGGGACCAGACAAAACUUCCCCUGGGGACCGAAGAUAGGGCUGCUCUUUUUGGAAACAUACAGGAUAUCUACCACUUUAAUAGUGAACUUCUUCAAGAUCUGGAAAACUGUGAAAAUGAUCCUGUGGCCAUAGCGGAAUGUUUUGUGUCCAAGAGUGAAGAGUUCCACAUUUACACCCAGUACUGCACCAACUACCCAAGGUCUGUGGCCGUGCUAACCGAGUGUAUGAGGAACAAGAUACUGGCCAAGUUCUUCCGAGAGCGCCAGGAAACUCUGAAACACUCACUGCCCCUAGGGUCCUAUCUCUUAAAACCAGUCCAGCGGAUUCUCAAAUAUCAUCUCCUUCUACAUGAAAUAGAAAACCACCUUGACAAGGACACAGAAGGCUAUGAUGUCGUGCUUGAUGCUAUAGACACGAUGCAGAGAGUGGCCUGGCACAUCAAUGACAUGAAACGGAAGCAUGAGCAUGCUGUCCGCUUGCAGGAGAUCCAGAGCUUGCUAACGAACUGGAAAGGGCCAGACCUCACCAGCUACGGGGAGCUGGUGCUAGAGGGGACCUUCCGCAUCCAGAGGGCCAAGAAUGAGAGGACACUCUUCCUCCUGGACAAGCUGCUUCUCAUCACAAAGAAGAGAGACGACACCUUUACCUACAAAGCUCACAUCCUGUGUGGCAACCUCAUGCUUGUGGAGGUGAUUCCAAAGGAGCCGCUCAGCUUCAGCGUCUUCCACUACAAGAACCCCAAGCUGCAGCACACAGUUCAGGCCAAAUCCCAGCAAGACAAACGGCUCUGGGUCCUGCACCUGAAGAGACUCAUUCUGGAGAACCAUGCCGCAAAGAUCCCGGCUAAGGCCAAGCAAGCAAUACUUGAAAUGGAUGCCAUCCACCAUCCAGGCUUCUGGUACAGUCCUGAGGGACAGAUGAAGACGCCAUGUGGCUCUAAAGAAGGUUCUGCACCAUAUCGGCAGAGGCGGAAAUCUGAGCCUUCCUCGCGGUCACACAAAGUGUUGAAGACCAGCGAAACUGCACACGAUAUCCAGAAGGUUUCUAGAGAGGAAGGCUCUUCCCAGCUGACUUCUGCCACACCUUCUCCUGCCCAGAGGAACAGCCAGCCAAGCAGCACUGCCAUCAUCAGUCUGCUUCGUGGGGGCGGGGGCAUCAGAAGCCUGUGGACGGAUCACCACGUCAGGCAGUCCUUGUUUCCCAGCCGCCGGUCUCCACAGGAGAACGAAGACGACGACGACGACUACCAGAUGUUCGUCCCGUCCUUUUCCUCCUCGGAUCUCAAUUCCACCAGGUUGUGUGAGGAGAACACUCCGAGUCGCCCUUGCAGCUGGCACCUGGGACUGAUCGAGCCCGCAGAGCUCUCCACUUCCGGUCACAGGAUAGUCCGGCGGGCCAGCAGCGCCGGAGAAAGCAACACGUGCCCUCCCGAAGUAAGAGUUAGGGACAGUGAUGGCUCCCAGUAUUGUCCCAGGAGAGAACUGCAGAAUGGCCCUCAACCAGGAGGCCAGGGAGGGAUGACUCCCUUUGGGUCAUCUGUGGAGUUGACAAUCGAUGACAUCGACCACGUCUACGACAACAUAAGUUUCGAAGACCUGAAGUUAAUGGUUGCUAAGCGGGAUGAAGCUGAAUUCUCUCUCUCCAAAUCACCUAGAGACUCUCUUCGCCCCAAGAGCACUCCAGAGUUAGCCUUCUCAAAGAGGCAGGCUAGCCUCAGUACAAGCUCUCUCUACCCAAAGAAAGAGGCAGCUCCCAGUGGUCAAGAGGCAUCUAACCAAAGCAUGCAUGAACUCCAAGCAGUAGAAGAGAACAUCUAUGACACCAUAGGGCUUCCAGACCCACCAUCACUGGACUUCAAAUGCAGCAGCCUUAAGCAGCCCAAAAGGAGCACCUUCCUGGGUCUGGAAGCUGAUUUUGCAUGCUGUGACAGCCUGAGACCCUUCGUCUCCCAGGACAGCCUCCAGUUCAGUGAGGACGAUGUGUCUUACCAUCAGGGACCCUCGGACACUGACUAUUUGAGUUUGUUAUACGACUCCCCCCGCUGUAACCUGCCUAUUGCAGAUAAGGCCCUCUCAGACAAACUGUCCGAAGAAGUAGAUGAAAUCUGGAACGACCUGGAAAAUUACAUCAAGAAAAAUGAAGACAAAGCGAGAGACCGCCUCCUCGCAGCAUUUCCUGUGAGCAAAGAUGAUGUGCCGGAGAGGCUGUAUGUGGAGAAUACCCGCGAGCUGAGCAGAGAUGCAGGACGUGCCACAUCUAUGCUGUCCCUUCCUGGGAGCCAGACUUUUCUCACGCCUGGGAAAAGCCGGGUUUCCAGAGCUAGCAGGGCCAACUGCUCCCGCGAAGAUGACCUGGUUUCUACAGAAGGCUCCUUCAUGAGUCUUAACCCACUCUCUCUGGCCAGUGAAGUGCCUCCUGUGGACAGUCCCUAUGACCUGGCCAACUACAACCUGCCCCAAGCAGACCCAGAAAGCCCUGACCUUGGGAUGGAGGCUACAGAUAAGACCAAGAGCAGGGUCUUUAUGAUGGCAAGGCAGUAUAGUCAAAAGAUUAAGAAGGCAAAUCAGCUUUUGAAAGUGAGAAGCCCAGAGUUAGAGCAGCCACCAUCCAGUCAACAUAAGCCCACUCACAAAGACCUGGUGGCCAUCUUGGAAGAGAAGAGGCAAGGAGGGCCUGCCAUUGGUGCCAGGAUUGCUGAAUAUUCCCAACUGUAUGACCAGAUCGUGUUCAGAGAGACACCCCUUAAAGUUCAGAAGGAUGGCUGGUCUAGGACCCAAGAACCCUCUCUCCACAGGCCUGCGUCACCUCCCCAGGCCCAGCGCGCUGGUGAGGACUGGCUUUGGCAUUCGCCCUACAGUAACGGAGAGUUAGCCGAUUUCUGUGCCCAGCCAGAGCAAGACUCAAAGGCAAACUAUCCCACGUUAGACAUCAUGGCCAAAAGCGUUCCCAGACAGUUGUCGGCCGCUUGUUCGGUGCCUUCUCUUCAAGUGUCAGACCCCCUGCUGGGCUCCGUGCCGCAGAGAUGCAGCGUGGUGGUCAACCAGCCCCACAAAGAGAACUCCUGUGCAGGCCAUCUGUACAACUCGCUGGGUCGCAAAGCAAUGGGCGCGAAACCCCAGCCGUAUAGCAGGCCCCAGUCAUCUUCCUCGGUCUUGAUAAACAAGUCCCUUGACUCCAUCAACUACCCGAGCGAGACGGAAAAAAAGCAACGGCUGUCUUUACAGAAGAAUCCCAGAGGUGCCAGCCAGCAGGACUUGCUGUCGGGCGUGGCGGACUCAUGUCAACGGGACACUCAAAAACGCUCGGAUCUCACACUCCAAGACUCACAGAAAGUUCUGGUGGUGAAUAGAAAUGUACCCUUAAGUGCCCAGGUAGCGACACAGAACUACUUUUCCAAUUUCAAAGAGUCUGAGGGAGAUGAAGACGAUUACGUGGAGAUAAAGUCCGAAGAGGAGGAGGCGGGGCUGGAUCUCUCCCUGAGUCAGGGCAGGAAGUCUGACCCAAGGACCCCAGGCCCUGACUGUUCUGGGAACCGCAGCACACCUUGCUCUUUGAAAGAGCCGGUGAGCAGCAGGCUUCCCCCUUACCUGACAGCGUGCAAGGACUCUGACAAACUGAAUGAUUAUCUGUGGAGGGGGCCGUCACCCAGUCAGCAGAACCUUGUGCAGUCUCUGAGGGAGAAAUUUCAGUGUCUCAGCUCCAGCAGCUUCGCCUAGGGUUCUAGAACAGUCCGAACUGGCGCCUGAGGCUUACACGUUACCAAUAGGGAGGAGGCGGGUUUUUGUUUUUUUUUUUAAAUAUAUGUACCAGUUUAAAACAAUUUUGUAAUAACCAGAGGAGUAAAACAUGCAUUCUUUCUUUACAGCACAGCUCUUUGAGCUAGCUGGUGAUGACAUUUUCCCCAUAUCCCGACCUAUAGCGCUCGCUCAUAUAAUUCUUAGAUCUCCUCCCUCCCCACACCCCAAGGAGUCUUAUUCUGUGACUCAGAGGCAGCACGAGUCUCUUUCACAGUUUUUAAAAAGAGAAACUAAAGUUAUUUAAAGAAUUAUAUGUGGCAUUUCUGUUGUAUUUAUGGCAAGACUCAAGAAUGACGUAUGCCAGAGAUCGCUGAUGAAAAUAUACCUUCGUGGUGUAUGUUAAGGUUCCCACACUGGCGUUCCUGUCACAUUUCCUGUAGAUGCCAACAUUAUGUGACUAUUAAAAAAAACUAAAAUGUAGCCCUAAGACCAACUUGCUAUUAGGAAAAAAAAAUCUUUGCCUGUGUUCCUAGACAAGGCCCAAACUGUGUGCCACUAAUUAUAGUAAUUCUACAAUAUCUGAGGUGAAAUAAACUAUUUUUUUCAUGGCUUAAAGAAAUCCAAGCUCAGGGCUACGGAGAUGGCUCAGAGGUUAAGAGCACACCAGCUGCUCUUCCAGAGGUCCUGAGUUCAAUUCCCACCAACCACAUGAUGGCUCACAACCAUCUGUAAUGAGGUCUGGCGCCCUCUUCUGGCGCAGGCAGAACACUCACUGUAUACAUAGUAAAUAAAUCUUUUUUAAAAAAAAAAGAAAAGAAAAGAAAUCCAAGCUCAGAAGAAUGCAAGCCAACUUAAUUAUUACAUAAGAUAAAGGAGACUUCUGGAAACAACCUGAUUAUUUCUUACAACUAAAGGAGAACUGCCCCCCUUAAAAAAAACCCAAUAAUCCAAAACACCCCACUAUACUACUAUAAAUGCCCGUCUCUUACCAAUACAGAGUAAGUCCUCAGGUAAAAUAAGACAAAAUGCAUUGAAAUGACCCACCUGCAGCAGAUCUUCAUGGGCACUGUCUUGAGCUUUGGGCAUGAGUGAGUGCCCUACUUGUGAAGUCUUUGCCACAGAUAGAGGCAAGAGUUUAGUUUCUAAACAGUCCAUAACCUAGGGACUCUUUCAGUGUUUUGGAACAUACAGAAGAACCGAGCCUCUGGUUGCUGGGUUCUAGCUAGUGACUUCCUUUACGUUGUAACUGUAGUCUUAGACAACAUUUCACUGUGAUAGCCUACCACUCUAACUCCUUGUAGAUAGGAACAGAUGCGAAGAGAAAUGAAGACAGAUGUAUUGCUACUUCAUAAAAACAUUUUAUUGAAGGCUCCAUAAAUGCAGUCAGACUAUUCUCUCACAGUACCCUUUCUGUUCUCACUUUACACCGUAGAACAUUCUGGAGUCUUUCCUCACCCUCUUGGCCUCUGUUUUAACUUAUUUCUCUUUGUUUGAAUUAAACAAUUGGGUCCAUUUAAAAAGAUAUGAUAGGAGUUGUAGGGAAAGAUGUCUGGCCUGUUGUUAACGGUAGGCAGGAAUAGAAUCACUGACAGCUUCCCAUAAUCCUUUUCCUCUUUUAAACUCCGAUCCCCCUUUAGUGUCAACUGUGCGACUUAAAAAUGUGACCAUCCUUAUGUUACAAAUUAGUUCCUGCGGUGCUUUUUGUUGUUGUUCUUGUUGCUUUGAGUUUCCUGUCCUCUGGACCCUCUACUCUUCUGUAGUUACCAAAACAUUUGGGGCCGAGGGUGACACUUGGUGGUGGAGCCCUCGCCUCACGUUCUCAGGCCCAGACUGAUCCCCAGCACUGAAUUACGUGGUUCUGAAAACAUUCCUUUUUUUUUUUUUCAUUGCUUGUAUUUAAGCAUGACAUUAGUUUUCCAGAGAAAGCAACAGCAGAAAAGAUGAGAAUUCUGUUCUUAGAAUUUGCUAGACAAAUUUGUAUCAUUUGUUUUUGUUUGUUUGCUUAUUUUUUGUUUUGUUUUUUAAGUUUCCUGACCCUUGUUCGAGGAUAUAGUUUCCUGCUUUGUUUUUUUUUUUCUUUUUAGUCUAUGUGACCCACAUUCCAAUAUAGUCCAUGUUACUGUUCUGUCUGAGUCUCAGAAAUUAUUAAUUCUUCACAACAGUGUUUUCUUGCAGUUUGGUGUUACCUACAAAGGUGGAUGUCAUAUUGUACAAAAUGUAUGUGGUCCUUUGGGUUCUAGGAUAAAUCUGUAGUUUUAUUGAUCACCUCUGUGGACCAGGCUGCAGACUUUGAGAGCCGUGUGUGUGUGUGUGUGUGUGUGUGUGUGUGUGUGUGUCUGUCUGUCUGUCUGUCUGUCUGUGACUGUGUGUAUACAUGCUCAGAUGUUCCCUCAAUGUUAUCAAUUCAGUGCUUUUGUUUAAAAUAGUUUAUUUUGCAGGUGGGUGGCUAUGUAUAUACUUGGGGGGAAAGUUUAUGUACUUAAAAGUUCUUACUGGGUUCCUAUACUGAAGGUUCCAUUUUUUUUUUUUUUUUUUAUAAUUUCACUUUUGACCUACUUUUUUUUGGUGGGGAAAGCAAUGCAUCUUGGAAAACAUAGUUUAAAUAGUGUAUAUAAGACAAUGAAAUUUAGAAAUGUCCAUUAUUUAAUAAAGUUUGUAAAGUGCAAAGUAAA